ACGAUGCCUGCCAAGAGCAGAAGACAUGAUUGGUCACAGCGAAAUAAGUUUCUUAUAUACGUUUUGCAAUUGGCUGUUCCUCCCAUCCGAAAAGUUUGUAAAUACAAAUGGCACGUGACAAGUAAAUUGUUGACGGAAAUAAAAAUAAGGACGAUAAGGACCAUAAGGACAGUGUGUUGUCUGUGUUGUAAAGAGAGGGAAGAGAGGAGUUAUUUGCGGAUUUCAGCGUAUUUUUGAUAAAACUGAAAGCAUGCCAGUUACAACUGGAAAAUAUGGUCCACUUGUUGGCGCAAUAGAUGAAGGAACAAGCAGCUCUAGAUUUUUGAUAUUUUCAGCACAUACAAGAGAAGUGGUAGGAUCUCACCAGAUUGAAAUAAAGAAUACAUAUCCGCAAGAGGGUUGGGUGGAGCAGGAUCCAAAGGAAGUUCUAACAGCUGUCAAAGAAUGUAUCAACAAAGCUGUGGAAAUGCUCAAAGCUGAUGAUGUGGACCCAUCAGAUAUAGUUGCUGUUGGAAUUACAAAUCAGAGAGAGACAACUGUUGUAUGGGAUGCAAUAACAGGAGAGCCAUUACAUAAUGCAAUUGUUUGGCUGGACAUGAGAACAGCAUCGACAGUGGAUGCAAUGUUGAAAAAUGUGCCUAACAAAAGUUUGAAUUAUUUGAAGCCUUUAUGUGGAUUGCCAAUCAGCCCAUACUUCAGUGCUCUGAAGUUGCGCUGGCUUAUAGACAAUGUUCCUGAAGUUCAACAGGCAAUAGAUGAGAAACAUUGCUGCAUUGGCACUGUAGACACAUGGCUUAUUUGGAAUUUAACAGGUGGAAAGGAUGGCGGUAUACUUAUCACAGAUGUAACAAAUGCCUCCAGAACAAUGCUGAUGAAUAUUGAAACUCUUCAGUGGGACCCAUUGCUAUGCAGAUUUUUCAAAAUUCCAAUGGAUUUACUCCCUGAAAUACGAAGUUCAUCAGAAGUCUAUGGCUCUAUUGCUCAUGGUGUUUUGAAAGGUGUUCCCAUCUCAGGGUGUCUAGGGGACCAACAGUCAGCACUUCUUGGACAGAUGUGCCUUAGACAAGGACAGGCUAAGUGCACUUACGGAACUGGUUGUUUUUUGCUCUAUAACACUGGAACAACUAAAGUUGAAUCAACUCACGGUUUGAUAACAACAGUAGCUUACCAGAUGGGCAAGAAAGCAGCUCCUGUAUAUGCUUUGGAGGGCUCAGUGGCUGUAGCUGGUGCAGCCCUCAGUUGGCUGAGAGACAAUAUCAACCUCUUGCAAAAUGUGUCAGAUGUUGAAUCUCUGUCUACUCAAGCUGGAAGUGCUGGAGAUGUGUAUUUUGUCCCAGCAUUCUCUGGUCUGUAUGCACCAUAUUGGCAGCAGGAUGCACGAGGUGUAAUCUGUGGUAUCACAGAUGAAACAACAAAAUGCCACAUUAUCCGGGCCGCUCUUGAAGCAGUGUGCUUUCAAAUACGUGAUGUUCUGGAGGCCAUGAGUAAGGAUUGUGGCUUACAGCUAACCAGACUGCAAGUGGAUGGUGGCAUGACAGCUAACAAUUUACUUAUGCAAACACAGGCUGACUUGGUUGGCAUUUCUGUCAUGAGACCACUGAUGGCAGAGACAACUGCUUUGGGAGCAGCUAUGGCAGCAGGUAGUGCUGAAGGGAUUGAAGUGUGGGAUCUGAACAAUAUACAACCUGUCCCAUGUGAUAUCUUCAAUCCACUUAUAACAGAAGACGAGAGAGAUGCUCGAUAUUCAAAAUGGAAAAUGGCUGUAGAAAGAAGUUUUGGAUGGGAAACGUCACAAGUCAAGUGUGAUGAUGAUAGGUAAAAGUUGUGAAGUUGUGAAAACAAGAAAAAUGCAUUUAUGAAUGGUUGUAUGGGGAUAUUUAUCAAUAACAUGCUUGUUAUGCUAGAAAACACAUUUAGUUGUAGACCUGGUUUGGAAUCAGAUCUUCAUUAACAUUAGGUCAGAUAGUGAA